AUGGCUGUCUUUGCCCGUCGCCCACAGGAUCCCGACUGGAUGUCCAAGGUUGUACCAUCAGCGACCGAGCUUUUUGAAGUCCUCGAGAAGAUCAUGUCGAUACGCUUGGGAAACACCUCCGUCGAGCAUCGCCGCGGUCAAUACCCUCAAUUUACGCUGGGAACGACGUUUGGAGGCGGCCAGCAGGGCCCUCAGCCUUUUGCCACCCACGACCUCGAUGAUCCCGUGAUCGAAAUGAUACUUGACAGCGUUGUGCUUCAUCGCCUCUCAGGAAAUGCUGGCAGGGUUUUCCAGACCUUUGCACCUGACCUGCAUGGUCACUACUGCUCAAUGCUACACGACCUACACAAAUCGAAACCCGACCUCCCUCACCCAUGGAAGGCAUCCCCGUUCUCCGCGGCCACCCUGAACGUUGGCAGACAAACUAUAACAUACCGUCAUCGCGACUUCCAGAAUCUCGCCUACGGCUGGUGUUCGCUGUAUGCGUUCGGCAAGUUUGACCACAAGAGAGGCGGCCACCUCAUUCUAUGGGAUCUUGGAGUUAUCGUCGAAAUCCCACCCGGGUGCCUCGCGCUUCUCCCGUCUGCUGUUUUAGAGCAUUCGAACACCACGAUUGGCAAAGAUGAGACCCGUCACUCGUUCACAGAGUUCACUUCUGGCCACCUCUUCCGCUGGGUCGACAACAAAUGUCGCACCGACGUCCAGAUGGAAAAAGAUGGCGAUGCCAGGUCACGGUCAGGUUCUCAGAACUGGCGCUUCGGCUUGGAGCUGUUUUCUACCUUCGAGGCCUGGUGCGCCCGCCUGUCUCAAGUUAUUAGUUAG